ACCAGAAGCUUAAGUAUAGAUUCUCCGUCUGACCAGAUGGUUGAAAAAGCCAAAGGGGAAACUGCUUAUUUGCCAUGCAAAUUUUCUCUUGGUCCAGGAGACCAGGGACCACUGGACAUCGAGUGGCUACUAUCACCAGCUGAUAAUCAGAAGGUGGAUCAAGUGAUUAUUUUAUAUUCUGGUGACAAAAUUUAUGAUAACUACUAUCCAGAUCUGAAAGGACGAGUACAUUUUACAAGUAAUGAUCUCAAAUCUGGUGAUGCAUCAAUAAAUGUAACAAAUUUACAGUUAUCAGAUAUUGGUACAUAUCAGUGCAAAGUAAAAAAAGCUCCUGGUGUUGGAAAUAAGAAGAUUCAGCUGACCGUUCUUGUUAAGCCUUCAGGUACCAGAUGUUAUAUUGAUGGAUCAGAAGAAAUUGGAAAUGACUUUAAGAUAAAAUGUGAACCAAAAGAAGGUUCACUUCCAUUACGAUAUGAAUGGCAAAAAUUGUCCAACACUCAGAAAAUGCCCGUCUCAUGGCUAGCAGAAAUGACUUCACCUGUUAUAUCUGUAAAAAAUGCCACUACUGAGUAUUCUGGGACAUACAGUUGUACAGUUCAAAACAGAGUGGGCCUCGAUCAGUGCGUCCUAAGCCUGGAUGUUGUUCCUCCUUCAAAUAAAGCUGGGACAAUUGCAGGAGCUAUUAUAGGAAUUUUACUUGCUGUAGUGCUCAUUGGUCUUCUUGUCUUUUGCUGCCGCAAGAAGCGCAGAGAAGAAAAGUAUGAAAAAGAAGUUCAUCAUGAUAUCAGGGAAGACGUGCCUCCUCCAAAGAGCCGAACAUCCACUGCCAGGAGCUACAUUGGCAGCAAUCAUUCGUCUCUGGGAUCCAUGUCUCCGUCCAACAUGGAAGCCUAUUCCAAGACUCAGUAUAACCAAGUACCAAGUGAAGACUUUGAACGUGCUCCUCAGAGUCCGACUCUCCCACCCACUAAGGUAGCAGCCCCUAAUCUCAGUAGAAUGGGAGCGGUUCCUGUGAUGAUUCCAGCACAGAGCAAGGACGGGUCCAUAGUAUAAAGGCCCUCCACAUCUUUCAUUUACACUCCUCAUGCUUCUUGUCUUCUCUUGAAGUAAUGAACAGUUAUUCUGUUCUAAAUUUUGUUGCCAGCUUGAGAAAGUACCAAUAUAAAGUUAAUUAGAAACCAUAAGACAUGUACUUCAAAAAGUUUUGUUUGGUUGAUAAUGAAAUA